GGCACCGAUCGGGUUUUUUAAACCACUGGUUUAUAAUGAUAUAAUUUCCUUCUCGUAAUCUUUUAUCAAUAAAUGAGAUAACAUUUGCCAAAAAUAAAAUAAAAAUCGGCGGUCAUGAAUACACAGCAUACAAACCAGCUAGACUAUACAAUAGAUACCAUACUAUAAGUGCUUUAGUAAGCUCUAUGGACAUGGACAUACAACAAUAAAACUUUAUCGAAGAUAUAAAUUUGAUAAUAAUCAACUUGCACCCUAAAAUUACCGAUGAGACAUCACAUUAUAAAUUACACACACACAAAAAAAGAAAAGAGCAAUGAAAAAAGAGGUCAAGAAGAAGAACACUGACAAAUGGAAUCGCUUGAGCUACUCAAAAUAUUGGCCGGAGUUUUUGCCGGUUUCAUGAUUCACCAGCUAUGGAUGUGGCCGGAAAAGAAGAAGAGAAAGCUGGAGGCGCCGGAGCCUCUCGGCUCACGGCCAAUUCUGGGGCACUUGCCCCUCCUUUCUGUAUCUUCGCUUCCUUACAGAUUGCUCGCCGACCUCGCAGACAAAUAUGGUCCGGUCAUCACCCUCCGCCUGGGGUGGCGGCGGACACUGAUAGUGAGCGGAUGGGAAGCGGCGAAAGACUGUUUCACCACCAACGAUCGGGUCUUCGCUACACGGCCUCACAACCCCGCCUCAGAGUACUUGGCCUAUAACAGAGCCAUGCUUGGGUUCGCUCCCUAUGGCCCCCUGUGGCGCGAGUCGCGCAAAAUCACCACACACGAGCUCCUCUCCCCUCGCCGCGUUGAGCUCCUGAAACAUGUGAGGAUCUCCGAGGUCGAUAUGUGCGUUAGAGAUUUGCACCGUCAGUGUGUGGAGAGCAAGCAGGAUUCAGCAAGGGUGGAGAUGAAGCAGAUGCUGCAGGAUCUCACCUUCAACGUUAUCACAAGAAUGGUGGCCGGAAAACGGUUUAAAGGUGGAAGGGCCGGCGGCAGCGAAGAGGCGCAGAGAUUCCAAGAGCUGAUCGAGGUGCUGUUCAGGUUAGCAGCCACCCCCGAUGUCACUGAUGUACUCCCUUUUCUGAGGUUGAUUGGGGUGGGUGGCCAUAAGAGAACCAUGCUGAGUGUGUCUGAGGAGCUCGGAGCCAUGUUCGAGGGCUGGGUCGAGGAACGUCGCCACGAAAACAGAUCCGGCAAGGACUUCUUGGACGUGCUCGUGGCCUCAGUCACAGAAGGAAACUUCCCUGCAACCCACACUUCCAAUACCAUCAUCAAGGCCCUUGCUCUGAACCUAAUAACAGGCGGCACUGACACCUCAGCAUCGACCAUGGCUUGGGUGGUGGCCCUCCUACUCAACAACCGCCUCGUCCUUGAAAAGGUCCAGGCCGAGCUCGACCUCCAUGUAGGCAGGGACAGGGUUGUGCAAGAGACAGACAUCAAACACCUCACAUACCUAAAUGCAGUGAUCAAGGAGACCAUGCGCCUCUGCCCAGUCAGCCCGCUGCUCGUGCCCCACGAGGCCAUGGAGGACUGCAUCGUGGGGGGAUAUGCGGUGCGGGCUGGCACGCGCCUCCUAGUGAAUGUAUGGAAAAUACAGAGAGACCCAAGUGCAUGGGAAGAUCCUGAGGAGUUCAAGCCAGAGAGGUUCUUGACUACCAAGGUGGAGGUGGAUGUGUAUGGAAAGCAUUUUGAGCUCAUUCCAUUCGGUUCCGGAAGGCGGUCAUGUUCGGGUAGUCUGCUCGCCAUGCAUGUCAUGCAGCUCACACUCGCACGCUUGUUGCAGGCGUUCGAGUGGGACACCCCUAAUGGAGAGAAGGUGGAUUUGAGUGAGAGCUUUGGCUUGACAAUGCGCAUAGACCGCCCCCUCGAUGUCGCAGUGAAGCCUAGGUUAUCAAUGGAGCUCUACCAAUAGUUGGACCUUGAAGAUUUUACAUCAUUUCUUUGGUAUUUUCUUUUUCUUUUUUAUUCUAUCACUAUUAGUGUUCAUGAUGGUUAAUUAUAGGUCAGUGUUUAGCUACUCGGCCGAGGGCACUCAGACUUCGCUCCUGGCCGAGCCGAGUACUAGUGUACAACUUGGAUAUAUUACAAAAUAGAAGAAUAAA